UUUCAAUAUAUGGGAGAUAUUCCUUUCAGUAUAUGGGGAGAUAUUCCUUUCAAUAUAUGGGGAGAUAUUCCUUUCAAUAUAUGGGGAGAUAUUCCUUUCAAUAUAUGGGAAGAUAUUCCUUUCAAUAUAUGGGAAGAUAUUCCUUUCAAUAUAUGGGAAGAUAUUCCUUUCAAUAUUCUGGGGAGAUAUUCCUUUCAAUAUAUGGGGAGAUAUUCCUUUCAAUAUAUGGGGAGAUAUUCCUUUCAAUAUAUGGGGAGAUAUUCCUUUCAAUAUAUGGGGAGAUAUUCCUUUCAAUAUAUGGGGAGAUAUUCCUUUCAAUAUAUGGGGAGAUAUUCCUUUCAAUAUAUGGGGAGAUAUUCCUUUCAAUAUAUGGGAGAUAUUCCUUUCAAUAUAUGGGGAGAUAUUCCUUUCAAUAUAUGGGAGAUAUUCCUUUCAAUAUUCUGGGAGAUAUUCCUUUCAAUAUAUGGGGAGAUAUUCCUUUCAAUAUAUGGGGAGAUAUUCCUUUCAAUAUAUGGGGAGAUAUUCCUUUCAAUAUAUGGGGAGAUAUUCCUUUCAAUAUAUGGGAGAUAUUCCUUUCAAUAUAUGGGGAGAUAUUCCUUUCAAUAUAUGGGGAGAUAUUCCUUUCAAUAUAUGGGGAGAUAUUCCUUUCAAUAUAUGGGGAGAUAUUCCUUUCAAUAUAUGGGGAGAUAUUCCUUUCAAUAUGGGGAGAUAUUCCUUUCAAUAUAUGGGAGAUAUUCCUUUCAAUAUAUGGGGAGAUAUUCCUUUCAAUAUAUGGGGAGAUAUUCCUUUCAAUAUAUGGGGAGAUAUUCCUUUCAAUAUAUGGGGAGAUAUUCCUUUCAAUAUAUGGGGAGAUAUUCCUUUCAAUAUAUGGGGGGAGAUAUUCCUUUCAAUAUAUGGGGAGAUAUUCCUUUCAAUAUAUGGUGAGACAUUCCUUUCAAUAUAUGGUGAGACAUUCCUUUCAAUAUAUGGAGAGCUAUUCCUUUGAAUAUAUUGUGAUUUAUUCAAUAUAUAAAAGACAAUUUCCAUGAAGUACCACAAGAAGGGACCAAGUUAGAUACAAUACUUCUUGGUAUCUUUUAAUGAUCGUUCUGAGAGCGAAUCCAUCAAGUCCUUGGGAAAGAUUUAAUGAGUAUUACUAAUGAGGGAAAAAAACAAAUACUAUUUCAAAUGUGGACUUUUUUUUUUUUUUUUACCACAGAAAAAAGUUUGGACGGAGAACAUGUCUCCUGAAUACUAAACAAAUGGAGGACGUGCGUAUUUUUAUUUAUGUUGUUAGAAAAUAAGUAUGAAAUGUAAUAACCUUAUUACAGUAUGUAAAGUAUGUGGAUACAAAUUCUGACAUUUUAUACUAUUUAUGAGUUACUAAGCAGGCUUGUGGUCAAUUCAGGAAGUACACAGACAUUCCAAUUCUCUUCAAUGCAUUUUAAAAAUGGGAACAUUCCUAAUUUCGUUUACUCUAUGAAUUGACUGGACCCCAAACCCUGGUUAUUAAGAGAUAUUUGAUAAAAUAAUAAACGUUUGAUUGAA